AAGGAGAGAGAGAGAGAGAGCGAGAGAGAGCCACCAAAUUGGCCAGCACCAUCUUUUACCCCCGCGGCCGUGCGGUGCGUACCGAAAGCGUAGAGGGAAAGAGCGAAACGCACACCAAAGUAAAAGGGAGCAGCGGCAGACGGUAGAGCGUACGUGCGGAUGCGUGCCAAAGUGGGCCAGCCAGUAUCUUCAGCAAAGGGAACUGUCAAGAUGGCCGUCGCCAGUUAGUGCUGCCGUGUUGCUGUGUGGUAUUGUGUCAAAUGCAACACACCGCCCGAACCAGUGCGGACCGCUCGAAGUGAUCAGAAGGGAAAAGCGUUCCUCCCCGUCCCCUUCCGAACCAAUCCCCGCGUGCGCGCGCGCGCGCCCUGUGUGCAAGAAAACGGCUACCGAAGGUCUGUGCAAGGGAGGGGAAAACAUAUUUACAACCGGACACAAACACACACACACACACACACCACACAUACGAUACACCCGCACCCGUACCAGCCGUACCCGCCAAUCGGUCAACAAACCUACGUGCAAAGGGUAAUAAAGUUCUCGCGAACAGUGCAGUUCCCCCACCACCCGCCUCUUCCCAUUACCCACGAGGCGUUCCGUAUGACGACGACGACGACGACGGCGACAACAGUGGAGCGCAAAACAAAGGGCCAGCACGGGCGGGGAGCAGCAAACGUAAAGGCGUAACAAGUAGAAGGAAAAGAGCGUAAUUUCCGAGCAGCUCCCGUGUCCCCGCGUGUGUGUUUGUGUGCGUGUGUGUGGAUGCAGGCAGGCAGACACAAACAAGUCUGACGGCGCAUCCAGACGAUCUUCUAGCAGUGCAGGCGCCAUGUGCAAUAAAACCAUUCGCGGCCAGCACACAGCACACAGCACGGCAAGGAACAAAGGGUGAAAGGAACAGUCCGAGUGCAGUGAAGUAAAAGCAAAAAAAAAAACAAAAAAAAACAGUGUGUCACCAGCAGCCUCGUCGCCUCAUUGCCCUCGCCUUCCCCCCCUCCAAAAAAAAAAAACACCCACAAGGUACGGGUUCGCUACACGGAAGGGAGCAGAUCCGCGACAGUGUUUAUGUCUGCCCUAGCUUGCACGUCUGCACGUGUCUGUGUGUCUGUGUGUGUAUGUGUGCAUUUGUGUUUGUGAUUGUGCGUGAAAAGUCGUGUGGUGCGCCUCGAGGAAAACAGCGGCGUAAACCAAUCAGCCAAUCAAGUCUGCCCCCCCAGCAAAAGCCCAGAAGGAAGUGAGAAAAACGCCGCUCGCUGUCGUGGCCGCAUGGUGUGACCGCCAGCCAGCACCCGUGCUAACCAUCCGGAGUACUUCUCUGCCCACACAAACACACAGAAACACACGCUCGUAACGUGGUGGUCCAUUGGCCAACACAAGAAGAGGGCCCACCACCAACAACAACAACAACAACAACAACAACAACAACAACAAGAGUCUGCAAUCAACAGCAAAAAAAGGCACGGUAUGGAACAACAACAGGGUCACCGCGCCAGCAGAGUGUCGUGGUGGUGAUGGUGCUGGUGAGGGGCUAGGGGCGGUAGCGCAAAUUAAAAGGAAGAAAGGAAUCGGCGGAGAUUUGGAGUUGCAAUCAAAAGAAGAAGAAAAAAACCACAGGAAGCGGCCUUCUCCCUCCGCCCGUGUGAUUUUGUUUGUGUGAGUGUGCGUGCGUGUGUGUGUGUGUGUGGAUGCGUUUUGCGAAGCAUGGACAGUGUGGUGGUACUCGAGUACGGCACCACCAGCAGCAGCAGCAGCAGCCGCAGCCUCCUCGGCUAAUGUGUGGGCCAGGCAAGGCAAGCGUUCGUCCCAGCAGCAGUCGGUGCCCCACGAUGGGUGUAGUAGCAGCAGCUGCCGCGCUGCCAGCCAGACAGUCACAAUAGGCAAAAGGUCGAUUUCCGCGCGAUUCGUACGUGUGCGUGCGUGUCUUUCUCUGUGUGUGUCUCUGUGCGCUCCUUUCGUGCGUGCGCCGCGCCGCGCUUUUUGUGUGUCUCCCCGUUCUCCCAGUGUUUGUGUGUGUGUGUGUUCGUUUUUUUUGCGUGCGUGUGUGUCAUUGUCCUGUGCAAGGCGCGUUGCUCCCGGGGGGACCACCGCCAUCCGCCCCAAAACCCGGGAGAGCUGUUCGGGCGCCAUGCCGCCAUUGCCCCAGCGGCGCGUCCACUCCUUCCUCCGUCCGCUGGUUGCGGUUCCGUGCCUAGCCAUGUGCGCGCCCGUUCCUGCUGCUGCUGCUGUUGUUGUUGUGCUUUGUCGCGUAUGACCCAUAUAAAAGUCGCAACGGGCCAAAUCUCAUCCUCCUCAUUAGCGACCAGCAGCAGCACCCUAGUCUAGUGUGUUUCUGCGUGAGCGUGUGUGUGUUUUUUUGUGGUACCCUGCCCCCUGAUCAAUACCCCAGCCAUACGGGGUGAAAAAAAGAAGAAAAAGAAGCAGUAGUGCAGCGCGCUACAAGUCGCUACAGUGUUGUAUUUUAUGUGUUUUUGUUGUUGUUAGUGUACUUGUGUGUGUGUGUGCGUUUGUGUGCGUGAUGUGUUGUGCGUGUGCCGUAGCUGCUGCUGCGGCCGCUACGAAUCCUGCCGGGGGAAGCGCUAGGCGGGAAGCAGGGCGGCAGACGAACGUUUGGCAAAGACGCUCCGUCCUCUGCGAGUAAACAACUCCUCCGCGAUCAACAACAACAAAAAACGCCAAACCAAAGUCGCCGUUUUGUUCACAUUCAACCGUAUCGAACGAACCGGCUCCAAAAACCUGCAAACCCUCCCCCCCCCCAACCACAACUGUCCCCAGAGCCUGUCCCCUGUCCCGCAAAAGCAAAAGGGACACCGAGGGCGGCACCGGCAGUCAGCACCGCAUGCACAGGGAAGUGUGUUAAAACAGCAAAAAAAAAAAACGGAAACGGCCGACCAGAGACAACUGAAAAAAGACUCACACGCGGCCGAGAUCCCUCUCCCGGGCACUUAUAGAACGAGAAAAAGAGAGAGCGCGAGCUUGUACGCGUGACUGUGUUUUAGGUGUGUGCGUAGACGGGGCGACACGGGGAGAGGCGCGCAUGGUGGGGCUGAUGGCAUUGGUCACAAGCCCGAUCAGCAGCAGCGGCAGCAGCCCCAUCAACAACAGCAACAACCAAGACGGCACCAAUAAUACGGACAAGAAAUCAGCGCGCGAUGAAGAGACACAAUCGAAAGUAAUCCGAGGCCGCAGCGGAUGCCCGAAGUUCAGCACCAGCCAAGGGACCAUCGCCUUGAUGCUUGGGUCAGGCGAGCAUCUUCGUGCCUCGUGCGAGGAUCAACUCACGGCUACCAGCAUCACCGCUGCUGCUGUCGAUCCGGCCGCCGACAACGCCGACAGCGGCGGCAGCAGCAGCAGAAGCAGCAGCGCCGCGAAUGACGAUGCGCCGGCAGCCAGCAAUGGGGCCGACGGUGGCGGCAUCGGCAUGGCGGACACCGGCGAGGGCAAGGUGGAAGGCAGAGCGCCCAGUCGACCGGCGUCCUCGUGCAGCAGCGGCAGCAGCUCGUCCUCCUCCGACAUUCAGCAGCACCUGCAGUCCAUGACCUGCCUGCUCCGGCCGGAAGAAACGCUCAAGAUGGCGGUGAAGCUGGAAUCGUUGCGGACGGGUCGCACCCGAUACUUGGUGGUGGUGUCGCGCACCGUCACCAGCAAGCGCCAUAGCACCGCCGGCACCACGCCGUACCAUGGGGCGAGCGGUGGCACCAGUUCCUCGAUCGGUAGCAACGCCGCCUCCUCCUCCACCUUGCAAAUGGUCGCGGCGGCGGCGGCACCACCCGCCACGUACGCCACAGUUGCGUCCCAGCAGUUCGGUCGCGUCAGCUCGACUGUGCCGUCUGGGCAACAGCAACAACACUUGCGCCACAGCGGUAGCAGCAGCAGCAGCAGCGAAACGUUUAACGGCAGCGACACGUACGUGUCCAGCCUAGACAACUGCGUCCUGAGCGUUGGCUGCUCUGCCGGUGGCGGUCGGCUACCGCCCACCGGUGGCAACGCAGCGCCAACGUGCAGAAGCGAUCAAUGUGAUAGUAAAGCUAAUAGUAGGUUAAUCAGUAGCACGGUAAGCGUGGACGCGGUAACGUCGCCGGACUAUGUCGGUGCGCCGUUCGCUUCCCCGAGCGGUGGUGUGGACGAUGCGACGACGCUCGGCGGCGAUAGACGAAGCUGCGCGAUCGAUUCGACGUGCUUGUACGAGCCCGGUGAGCAGCAACUGCAUCCAGCAAACAGCAGCAGCACCAGUGCCAUCCCCGUGGAAGGAGGGAAAAAGCUCGAGGAGUCCUGCCUGCUUGGCAUCGACUGCAACGAGCGGACGACGGUUGGCUUGGUGCUGAAGGUGCUCGCCGACACCUCCAUACGGUUAGACGGUGACGGUGGCUUUAGCGUUAGCUCCUGUGGCAAGCAGCACAUCUUUAAGCCGGUGUCGGUACAGGCGAUGUGGUCGGCGCUGCAAACCCUGCACAAGGCCUCGUUUAAGGCGCGCGAGCACAACUUCUUUGCCGGCGGCCCGUCCCACGACUGGGUGGCGUACUACGAGGCGCACAUCGACUCGGACCGCUCCUGUCUGAACGAGUGGAACGCGAUGGAUUCGCUCGAAAGCCGCCGCCCGCCGUCGCCGGGCUCGAUACGCAACAAACCGACCGAACGAGAGGAAACGGAAAGUGUGAUACGCUCCAAGCUGAAGGAGGUGAUGAUGUCGGUCGAUCUGGACGACGUGACGUCCAAGUUCAUCCGCGGCCGGCUCGAGGAGCUGCUCGAUAUGGAUCUGGGCGAGUACAAACCGUUCAUCGACGCGGAGAUGCUCGUCAUCCUGGGCCAGAUGGACGCACCGACCGAGAUCUUCGACCACGUCUAUCUCGGCUCGGAGUGGAACGCCAGCAAUCUGGAGGAGCUGCAGCGUAACGGCGUCCAUCACAUACUGAACGUGACGCGCGAGAUCGACAACUUCUUCCCCGGGCUGUUCCACUACUGCAACGUGCGCGUGUACGACGACGAGAAGACGGACCUGCUGCGGCACUGGGACAACACGUUCAAGUUCAUCUCGCGCGCCAAGAUGGAGGGCUCGAAGGUGCUGGUGCAUUGCAAGAUGGGCAUCAGCCGGUCCGCGUCGGUCGUCAUUGCGUACGCGAUGAAGGCGAACGGGUGGGACUUUGGGCAGGCGCUGCAGCACGUGAAGGAGAAGCGGAGCUGCAUCAAGCCGAACAAGAACUUUCUGAUGCAGCUGGAAACGUACCAGGGCAUGCUGGAUGCGAUGAAGAACAAGGAGAAGCUGCAGCGCAGCAAGAGCGAAACCAACCUGAAGCUGACCGGCGCGAAGGAGGGCCGCUCGUUGCCCGGCAGCGAACCGACGCCCCUGAUACAGGCGCUCAACGGGGCGAGCGGUGGUGGUAGUGGUGGCGGUAAAAAGCACCCCUCCUUCCCGAUCGUGCACGCGCUGGGCAAAGAGGCAGUCGCUGUGGCGGAGAAGGCAGCACCUGCGCCAGAGGAGGACCCGAGCGCCGACGGCGUGGAUGAAGGUGAUGCCGGCCCGUGCCGGGGUCGAACGCGCACACGACAGCUGAAGGUGGGAGCAUCCGGGCAGCAGCCAGACCAUCGGCAGGGCGAACCGACGUCCCAUCCCGUGCCCUUGGGAGCGGCAGCGCUCGCCAGCAGCAGCAGCCCGCCCGGCCCGGCCUCGACAGCGAAGGCUGCGGCGAAAUGUUUGGCCAACCUGUACCUCCCGCAGGGCCCGUACAAACCGUGGAGCGCUUGCGACGGGCGGAUCUGUACACGGGCGGCGGGUGCGCUGAAGCGACACAAGAGCCUGUCGCCGGAAUCGCUCAAUCCUCGCUGGCCGGACGGUGCGGAGUUUGCCGGCUCGUCGCUAGCGUACGCGGAGCAGCCGUUUGCGGACGCGAGCAAAGCGUCGCGUACCCGCACCAUGCUCGAGCUGGACGGUGCGGGCGACGCGGGCGGACCGGCGUCAGCGUCCGGGCGGCGCAAGCAGCAGAGCUACUCGCUCGAGCACCUGCACGGCGGGGCGCUCGAGAUGCGGUCGCCGUGCACGCCCGAGACGAAGACGAUAAGGAUGCCGUGCGGCAACGGGCAGAAUUAUAGCGUGUCGCCGAACCAGAUAGUGCACUUGCAGGACAAGAUGCCGUCGCGGUCGGUGCGCCAGCCCGGUGCCUCCGUGAAGCCUGCCCUCGCCGGCAGCACCACCACGCCGAAUCGAACGGACAGCUUGCUGCGGAAACUGUUCCCCACCAGCAGCAGCAGCAGCCACGUGGGAGCCGGUCAGGAAGCUGCCGCCGGAUCCUCGCCAGUGCAGUCACUUACUACAACAGUGCCAUCCAACAACACCACCACUAGCAGCAGCAGCAGCAGCAGCAGCAGCAGCAGUAGCGUCAUCCCCUUGUCGUCGUCUGCGUCUACUGCCUCGUUGCCAGUGUCCACGGUCAAAACAAUCGUCAGCGAGCUGGAGUGCAACAGUGGUAGCGCCAACAUACCGAUCGCGCCGCCACCGUUGCUGACGGACCCGGGCGCCGCACUGGCGGGCAGUGUCCCGAUACCGAUCGCUUCCGUGGCGGCGGAGGCUGCGGCCGUCGCCGUUGCCUCGGCAAUACGCGAAGCGUCACGCAAGAACGUCGUGCUGGACGGUGGUGCGGAUACGCUGCUCACAGCUGCAGCGGACGCGAACAGUUCCGCCCAGUGGGAUCCGGGAGAAGCGAUCGCACCGUUGGCCGGUGAGAUUAAGACCGCCGAACCACCCCCGAUCUGUUGGACGUCGUCCGCGCAAAUCAUACAGCAGUGCAGUGGGACGGCAGCGUUCGUGGAGCCGGUCGAGCCGGCAAGCAGCAGCAGUGUGGAGGUCUGCGGGCGGAUGGUCGAAUCGGAGCCCGUGGCGGAGCAGCAGGGCGUUAUGCGCCAAUGCUCCUGGAGCAGCUGCGACUCGAGCUGUGCCGGCAUCGUGGACGGUCCCUUCGUCGCCUGCUUUGGCCAGCGGUGCGUACCCAGCGGCAGUGGGGCUGCUCGAAGCGGCAGUGCGCCGCCCCCGAUCGAGGAGAAGGAAGAUAUCCCCUGGCACCCGGGCACGGUGAAGCGCACGAAGAAACGCAUCGAAGAGCGUGGCUCGAACGCGGCAGCAGCGACUAGCAGCAGCAGCACGUUGAAAUGGACCGGCCCGGCCUCGGAAAAGGUUCCAGCCCCGGUCGGGCACGAACCGGCGCACAACCUCCCAUCGGCCGAUCCCCUUCACCUGCCAACGAACCGUGCCCGCCAGGGCAUGGUGUCAUCGAGCUACGCCCGCCUUUCCGCCUCGGCGCCCGACUCCUACAACAUGUACGCCGGCAGCCGAGCGGGUUCAACCAGCGGGCCGGCCCUGGACCCAGCGCCGGCCGCCAAACGCCAAACCAAGCUGAACCAGCAGCAUUCGUUCGCGGCUGCGGUGAACCUGCUGGCGCGGACGGGCGAACCGGGCGCUGCCGCGCCGUACUGCUUGCGGGUGAACGUGCGCGGCAGCACGGCCAACCGGCAGCCGCAGAAGCCCGAGGAGGCCGCGGACGAGGAGGAUGCGUUCAGUGCUGGCAAGGUGCGCAAUCUGAAGAUGAACUUCGAGGCGAAAUCGAACGAUCGGCGCACGGGCCAGAAGAAGGUACGGUCGCUGCCGUCCUCGCCGGUCGCCGUACACGUGUCAAUGGGUGGCCAGGUGAAGCAGCAGCAACACCAACCCAUCGCCACCGCGGCCACGCCGCCCAGCACGGUGGCCGCGUCCAGCCCAGCCAAACCGCUGCCCGAAGACGUGACGGUGCGCGACCUGGUCGAUCGGUACGAGGUGCACGGGCCACGCAUGCGCCCCACCGGCAGCAACUCUCUGUCCCGCACCCAGCGGCCCCGGUCCGUGUUCGAGCCGCUCAAGCAGGGCGGCAAAGCGUGCGUGCAGGCGCCGGGCCCGCUGACACACUCCACGUCACAGCUGCGGCUCGACGAAACGAUGCGCCCGCCGGUGCCGCCGAUCGUGCGCGGCUUGGUCAUACCGGCGCACGGUGCGGGUGGCGCCAAUACGGCUCACUGCAGCAACAACAACAGCAGCAGCAGCACCACCACCACCGGCAACAGUCACACGUACAUCGGCGCCGGACCCAGUAUUAGUGCCACCAGUAACGCCCGGAACAACAACAACAACAACAACGCACGCUCGGCUGCGUCGCAGCAGGGUGCGGGCGGCAGUGCAGUCGAAGGAAGGGGAGUGGCGCUCAGCACGGUAGGGGGCGGCAAGCGCAUGCAGCAGCAUGGCCGGACGCACCCGCUCGCCAAGAUCAGUCCGGGCGCGCGGCAUCACCACCAUCAUCACAUCGUGCAUCACCACUACACGGUCGGGCCGCUGCAGCAGCAUCGGCACAUGGGUGCGGCCCCGGGACCGCCCGUGUCCGGCACGACGGGACCGGCCGCGACAACGGUCACCGCCAACGCGUACAACACGAUGUGAGCACAAGACCAGGGAGAGAGAGAGAGGAUAGCGAUAAUUUCUUUCUUUCUUUUUUUAAUACGUCGCGCAACUCCCAAAACCACACGGAGCUUUGUAGUGAUAGUGAACGAUGCGCCCGUUGCGUUCUAUAUCUUGUUUUUUUUUUAAUUACUUUUUGAACGAUUUUUGUCAUGUUCAUCGAUUUCCUGUCUGUUUAGUGAGACGAGGGCCACGAUAGGAGAGGAGACGGUCACAAUUAGGUAGCCUGAGCGAUAACGUGCGAAAGAGUUGGGCAGCCUGAGGGAGUGUAGAGCCGGCAGAGUGCCCAAGAGCCACGUAUUUAUUUUAUAACGCUUUAUGCAUCGUGAGUCCAAAUUGUUUCGUAUAUGUAUAUUUUUUUGGUUUUGCUCCAUAUUCUAGAAUGUUGAGCCUUCAUCAUGCUGCGCGUGAGUGUGCGUGUGUGUGUGUGUUAGUAUGUUUGAUGCUGUAAUUAUGAUUAAUGUGACUCGAUUUACCCCGCUGUAUACUCGAUGCCUCUCUCUCUCUCUCUCUCUCUCUCUCUCUCUCUCUCUCUUUCUUUCUUUCUUUCUUUCUUUCUUUCUUUCUCUCUCUCUCUUUCACACACACACACAAACAUUGUGUUAUAUUUUGAUUGUGUCUUUCUUUUUUCUCAGACAAAAUUUUGUCUAUUUUAGUAGUACGCCCCCUUUCCCAGUAAGGAUAACAGACGCGUUUACGUAAACGGUGCAAUAGUUGCAGAACAGCGGUAAAGUUAAUUUAAAGACAGAAUCAUGCCAAACACUGUCACAGGUCGAAAACAAUGGCGUGGCAUUGUAACACUACCGACACAAUAGAUAGGGUUCCGCGCGCGUCGUCGUUGUUACGCGUUUAGUGAUGCAUGGUUGCAUUUAUGUUAUUUUUUGUUUAUUUUUUUUAAUUUUAUUUCUUAUUUUUCACAUACACAUACACUGUAAAGCUCUCCUUCGCCGUUCUUCUGUGUCAGUCAGUUAGCAUUGCCUCCAUCCUCUGUGUUUUUUCUUUCAUCCCAGUUCUCUACUCUGUUCGCACACUGGGGGGUUUUCUCUGUUCGUUCUUGGUUUAACUAUUGUACCGAUACGCUAAUGCUGUGCUAGUAAUGAUGAUUGUCGAAUUUACACACACACACACCUACACACAUCGUGGUGAUCUUGCGCUGGGUCUCCGACCUCCCGACACCAGCAUGAAAGGGACGUCCAAUUUAUAAUUAACUGAUGCUGAUUUAAUAUUAAAAACCGACUGCAAUCGCUUUGCUUCCGUCAGGUCAUAAUUCUGAGUCUGAUUUUGGGCCGCGAGCCGCGCAAAUGCAAACAGCCUAGACAAUAUACGCAAUGCUUGAAUAGUGUGCGCACCGCUAGAAGAUACAUAAACGUUACGUAUUUUUAUUUUAGUUGGAUUGUUUUUUUUUUGUUCAUUAAAUUGAAUUAUAUCUUUCAUAGCACACGCCUUUCUGCCUCUCUAAAAGUCUUGAAACGUCCUAGUCAAACGAAAAACAAACAAACAAAGAAUGCAAACACACACACACACACAUCCAAAAAAAACCGAACCAAAAACUUUGCCUUUGUUUGGCGUACAUACAUUUAAUUUCGCAAUCCGUUAAAAUCAUUCCAGUCAAUCUAUUGCAAAACAUUUGUUUUACCUUAAUUCCUUCCCACUGCUUUGUGUCUAGCCCAGUAGUAACCGGUACUGCACUUUCUUUGUCCGGGUUUUGGUUGUUUUUUUUUUUUUUUGGUUUUGUGUGUCUGGUGAUCUACUUUGUUCUGUCGCGUGUGUUUCCUCCUUUACCCGUUUUCUUUCGCACAAAAAGCAGCAACGCGCAUCGCAAGAUCGGGGAGAAGAAAACAGCGCAUCCAUUUAGGUUUGCGCAGUUCAUUUGGUAGCCUUUUUAAAAGAAAAAAAACAUCGGAACUCACGCUGAGUGCUGCCCCUUCAGGCUAGGUUAGUAAAUACGUUAGUUAUACGUUUUUUUUUGUUCUAGCUUAAUCAGCAGUGGAAGAAAACCAACUCUACAAUACGCUCUAUACUGCAUUUUCCAAUCACACUGCAAGUUUGCUUGUUGCCUUUAGUGAUAGUGAUUUAGGGAUUUUUUUAAAAUAUUUUUAUACCAGUAUAUGUCAAACUAUUGUUCGUGUGUGUGUGUGUGUGUGUUUGUGUGCGUAUUUGUGUGCAUAUACUCGUCCCUUGUACAUAUGCUAGGCUAGAGUUGGAAGGGGAGCGUGAAUCGAAAUCGAAAUAACGAUAAGGCUACACAACCUUUCACCUUGUAAGAAUUAAUGGAAGGAAGACAACAAACAAACAAAAAAAAAACACACUUAAGAACUCGAUUGACACAAAAACCCAUCCGCGCUGUGUACAGUUAGUUGCUCAUUUUUAUCCCAUUCUUGUCGAAAACAGGGAUACCGGCUAAACGUUGAAUCAAUAAAUACUGAAAAACAAAA